CGCCCAGCAACACUCAAAAAUGGGUAUCGAUAUCGCCAAGCACCACGUCAGGAAGGGACACCGCACGGCACCAAAGAGCGAGGACCCGUACCUCCUCUUGCUCGUCAAGCUCUACCGAUUCCUCGCACGAAGGACGGAUAGCUCUUUUAACAAGGUGAUCCUCAAACGACUCUUUCAGUCUAAGAUCAACCGGCCGCCCGUUUCCCUCUCAAAAAUCUCAAAAGAGACCGAGAACAUCCCAGACCACGAAUCAAGGACUGUCGUCAUUGUCGGCACAGUGACAGACGACGUACGUCUGGAAGUAGUGCCGAAGGUCAGCGUCGCUGCACUUCGCUUCACGCGCUCGGCAAAGGAGCGUAUUCUCAAUGCUGGCGGUGAGGUCCUCACUCUCGACCAACUUGCUCUCCGUGCGCCGACUGGUUCAAACACUAUUUUGCUUCGUGGGAAGAGAAACUCGCGCGAAGCUGUUAAGCACUUCGGUAUGGGCCCGCAUACGAACAAGAAGCCUUUCACCACUUCCAAGGGCCGCAAGUUCGAGCGUGCUCGUGGACGUCGCAAGUCUCGUGGUUUCAAGGUCUAAAAGCCUUAUUCUACAACAACUCGAGAAGGAUGCGACGGUUAGUGCGUGUCCUGCUACCGGUGGGGUCUUAUGUUGUAUGGGCAGUAUGCACAUGUUUUUCAUACCGAAUUUAAUCCUCUGUAUGCGUCCUGCGAAGCAAAACAUAUCCGAAGCAUGAAACUGCU